CAUUCACACUCCCUUCACAUCUCCGUUCAGUAGCAGUGGAUCUCCCUGGGAGGACAAAUGAAGUGGACACGGUCGAUGGAAACAUAUGUGUGAUGAGAACAAACAUCCCGGAUGCAUCUGUUCACUGCACUCAUCAUCAGGGGAAAGCGAUGAGUGAUUUAAACCACUGACGUUUGGGAUACUCUUUACUCUUUUGACUUUUGCUUGCAUCUAAACCGGCCAGUCAUUCAUUUAUUUAUAAAGGUGCUGCACCCUCAGUCUGGUUUCUUACCCCCCCCCCCCCUGCUGUCUGAGUCCCGCGGUGCAGGAUGGAUACCCGGCUAUGCCUCUCCAGGUACCCGCUGCUGGUGCUGCUCUGCGCGGCGUGUGCACUGUCGGGGACCCGGAGCCCCGUGGCUUCAGCGGGGAGGAGCUGCGCCGACACCCGGCAGGUGUACUCAGAGAAGGGGUACAGCACAGGGACUGCGCCGAUGACUCAAAUCUCCGGUGAGCACCUGCGGCUCUGCCCUCAGGACUACACCUGCUGCUCCAGUCAGAUGGAGGAGACGCUGGCCCUCCAGAGCGAGAGGGACUUCCUCAAAGCGGUCGAGGAAAACAGCCAGUUCCUCCUGACUACCUUUACCCAGAGACACCGCAGGUUUGAUGAGUUCUUUAGGGAGCUGAUAGACUUGUCAGAGAAGUCCAUGAACCAGAUGUUUACCAAGACCUAUGGCCGGCUCUUUACCCAGAAUGCACACGUCUUCCAGGAGCUGUUUGUGGAGCUGCGCAGAUACUAUUCAGGGGGCAGCGUGAGUCUCUCUGAGGUGCUCUCAGACUUCUGGUCCAGGUUGGUGGAGCGGGUCUUCUCUCUGGUGAACCCGCAGUAUCAGUUCAGCGAGGACUACCUGGAGUGUGUCAGCAAACACGCCGAGCAGCUGCAGCCGUUCGGGGACGUCCCUCGCAAACUGCGAGUACAAGUGUCGAGGGCGUUCAUCGCAGCCAGGUCUCUCUCCCAGGCUUUAGCUACAGGUCGGGAUAUCGUCAACAAAGCAACCAAGCUGACUGCAGAUUCUGAGUGUGUGCGUGGGCUGAUGCGUCAGUGGUACUGCCCUCUGUGUCGGGGCAUGCCCUCCCUGCGACCCUGCCACUCCUUGUGCCUUAACGUGAUGAAGGGCUGCCUGGCCAAUCAGGCCGACCUGGACACUGAGUGGAACAAUUUCAUUGAUGCUCUGUACCAGGUUUCAGAGAAGCUGGAGGGCCCGUUCAACAUGGAGCUGGCGUCUGACUCCAUCUCUGUGAAAGUGUCGGAGGCCAUCAUGCACAUGCAGGAGAACAGCGUCAGCAUCUCGACCAAGGUGUUUCAAGGUUGUGGAAACCCAAGGCCAGCUCCGGGACGGUCCAAACGCUCCCCCAAAGAGUCCGGGGGCAACAGGAGGCCCUUCCGCACCUACACCCCGGAGGAGAAACCUACGACGGCUGCAGGCACUAACCUGGACCGGCUGGUUACAGAGCUGAAGGAGCGACUGCGGCCCAUGCGUGGCUUCUGGGUGUCCCUCCCACACACCAUCUGCAAUGAUGAAAAGAUGGCUACCGACGUCACUAAUGAGGACCGCUGCUGGAACGGGCAGACCCGAGGGAGGUAUCUCCCGGAUGUGACAGGCGACGGGCUGGUGAGUCAGAUCAACAACCCUGAGGUGGAGGUGGACAUCGCCCGGCCAGACGUGAGGACCAGACAGCUGAUCAUGGAGCUGAGGGUGGCGACCAAUAAACUGAGACACGCUCAAAGCGGACAGGACAUGGACUUCAUGGACAGUGAGGAGGGCAGCGGCUCAGGAGGUGGCGAUCAUGGAGAUAGGUACAACGAUGAUUGGCCAGGUUAUGGGCCUAACUCUCCCUCUUACAACAACAAACCCCCCCUUAACCCCGCCUCCAACCCGGCAAAGCCACCUCGGAUCCGAGAAAGAAACGGGUCCAAGUGGAACAAAAACAACGGCCACGGGAGGGUCAGGUCCGCCUCCAGCCGGCUCUCUUUCUCCCUGCUGCCAUUGUUGUCUCUGCCUUUCGUGGUCAAUGUCGCCCCCAUGUGGAGAUAGCUGCUUAUUGCGAUCUGUGAGUAGAGGUGUGUUGUCUUUUGGGGAUCUAAAGCACAUUAAGAAAAGUCAUUCCAUUUGGGUACACCAGCAAAACAAAGAGACUAAACAGGCUCAAUUAGAAAUAAUCAAAAAAACCUGUUUACAGCACAACGCAAGAGAAUUCAAAGAAAUGUUCCAAAACAGACUUCACACGGCGUUGAUGGAUACAAACAUGACCUAAUAAGUAUUUAAACUUUAUUUUAGUGCCAUUCAUAAGAAGUUUGAACUUUUGGAGUCUGAAUCCUGAGAGGCGUUCAGUGAUGGAGGGUUCAUGUCGGUGGUGAAAAGCGGAACAAAAGCACUGAAAUGAGCGUGCAGCAUGUUUUAGAAGAUGGUGGUUACGGGGCAACUUGCAGGUCGAAGCCUCCAGUGAACAUAAAGUUGAAGAAAAUACAUGAAUUAGUUCUCCGCAGAGACUUCUGGAAUCACUUUUGAAUGUUUGCGUUCAUCACCUCUCGCUGUGAGGAGCAUGUGUGAACAACCAGGUCAGGUCAGUCCUCCUGAAAUGUUCGAGAUAUUUUCAGGGGAGCAAACGUCUGAAGUGUUUGAGAUGACAUCACGUUAGCAGAUGUGUUCUCUUGAUGAAAGUGCGACCUUGACAGUUGGUUUCGGCAGGAAGCGGCUCCCUCCUCUUUCCAGUCCUGCGUACCGCCACUGAAUCUGUAAGAGGUACUCAGGACUGGACCGCCCCGGCCUCAUGUCCCCCCUUGGUUUAAUAAAUACAGUAAAUAAUCUGACCUGCAGGUUGCCCUUUAAGUUCUCGUGUUCACUUUGUCUUUGAGAUCAAGAUUUAGUUUCGCUCUCAGCGGGAACGUUUACCGCCUUCUCUCAGAACACAAGAUAAUUCAUUGAGCUGAUCACGGUCUCAGUCGGCGUGUGGUCAGAAAAAAAAGAGGCGUUCAUGUAAUUUCAUAUUAAAUCUCCGUGUUUUGGCCUCGA